CGCGUGUGUUGUCAUGUGACGUCAUCCUGCCGAAGGACAGGCGUUGCUCUCCGCACAAGACAAGAGGGCUGAACCGGGUCCGGCCCUGCUGGUCCAUUUCAGGAAGACUCCAAUACAGGCCGAUAUGAGACAGUGAGAGCGCAACAGAACCAGAAUCGUCUGCGAUCACCAUGACGACGCAGCCUUAGUGCUCAGCAUCCGCAUCAUCAGCAUCAUCCGCGGCUCAGGUGCGCCGUCCGUCCAUCCUUCAGGCAGGCAGCAUGGAGUUCAAAGAGCUGGUGGACACCGCCGAGAAAUGGUGCUCCGGGAACCCGUUCGACCUGAUCUUCGCCGAGGAUGUGGACGAGAGGCGACUGGACUUCUACGCCGAGCCCGGGAUCUCGUUCUACGUGCUCUGCCCGGACAAUCUCACCGGAGGAACCGACAAUUUUCAUGUGUGGAGUGAGAGCGAGGACUGUCUACCAUUCCUGCAGCUCGCGCAGGACUACAUCUCCUCCUGCGGGAAGAAAACACUGCUGGAGGUACUGGACAAAGUCUUCAGAUCCUUCAGGCCUCUCCUGGGUCUUCCAGACAUUGACGAUGAAACAUUCGAUCAAUAUCACGCAGACGUGGAGGAGGAACCAGAGCCAGACCACCAGCAGAUGGGUGUGAGCCAGCAAUAAUGCCCAGCAGAGAGGCUCCGCGCUGGGCCACAGUCUCUGCAUCGAGCCCUGCUCUCCUAACCUAACUCAUCUGGCUCUUCUUCUUACAUACACAAACACACACCGCACCAUUACACCAUUUAAAAUCUGGACAGCUUUUCCUGCACCCUGAUUUUAACUCAAAUGAUCAUUAUUUUGGUUUAUAUUAUUUCUCAUUAACUUCUCAUCACAUUCAAGCAGAGACAAAACAAAUAUCUCAUUCCCAGCCGUUAUAAUUUUUUUUUUUAUAUAACCUGUCAUGUGACUGGAGGUAGUAAAUAAGAAACUUAUGUUCAGAAUGGUAUACUAGUGUACUGUAUAUUGCUGCACUGUUGUCACAUGAGCUCAUUACUUUGCAUGUUUAAUUCAGUGUCAUGCAGUUGUCGAAAAUUAGGAUGUUUUGCAUUUCGCAUCCAAUUUUGUGGUAAAAACAUUUGAAUUCUUGACAGUGUGAUCAAAUUUUAAAAAUCGCAGUCGGUAUCACGUACUAUUCAUUCAUCAGAUUGGAAAUGGAAGGUAAAUGACAUUUUGAUCAAUUCUAUCAUCCGGGUAUUUCUUGCAAACACAAAAUGUACAUGCAAAAUAGUUAUAGUAGUAUGCUAGUAUGAUAUUCUGAACAUAACACUUGUGAAUUUGCUUAAGGUAAAUAAUUAAGGAAAGUCGCUUUUUUAUGUGCACCGAUGAAUUGUUGACAAUAAGACCAGGAACAUGUAUCAAGAAAGUAAAUAUGGUCAAUUAUUUUGAUUUCAUGUUGACUGUGGAUAAUCUAGAUAUCCAUUGUGGAUUUACUAUAACCGUGAAUAAGACAUUUAACCCCAGGUCUUGUGCUUUAAAUCUCUCCAAAAUACCUGCUAAAUGACAAAUAACCAAAGCUGAUUGCAAGUGCAUACAAAGUAUCUGUUGUCAAGGAUCAUAAACAUAAACAAGAUCAGAAGGUAAAUCUGAUUAUCGCUGGGGCAGAGGUGAUGGGGUUAGUGUGUUUUUGGGUGGGUGAGACGUUUAAACAGACGCUUGAUUAAUCCUCUCUUUGCCUUUAUUGUCUUUUGAUUGUAUUAAUCAACAUCCUCUGAGUUCAGAAUAGUUAACUCAGAGUUUAACCAGAGAAAGGUCAAACUGUGUAAGUCUAAACUCUUAAAAUAAAGGUUCAUCUGCAGUUCGACACUGAAUCCAAUUCUUAUCAAGAUCUGUUUUUGGCCUCAUAGGGUUCUUGAGUUGAUAUGGACUUCUUUAAAGGUGCUCUGUAUGAUUUUUAUCUAUAGAAUCAGCACACACCCAUUUGCUGUUUAAAUAUAUAGUGUAGUGAUGACAUUCUUAGCAGAGAGUGAAGUCUGCACAAGAAGAAUGUAACUGUAAUCUGUUACAGAUACUGAGAAAAAAAUGUGUAAUUAAAUUA